AUGUCGAUGGAUCUGGAUGCGCCGGUCCCUAUUGCUGCGCAGGACCAUGUAGCUGCGACUAUCCUCUGUUGUAACUGCGGUGCCCCGAUCGAUGGAACAACAGCGGCCGGUGCGCUUUGUCAAGACUGUGUUAGAUCGACUGUCGAUAUUUCUGAAGGUAUCCAAAGAGAGGCAGUUGUCCAUACCUGCAGAGAUUGUGAGCGAUGGCUUCUGCCCCCCAACAGCUGGGUCAGUGCAGCGCUGGAGUCAAAAGAGUUGUUGGCGCUAUGUCUGCGCAAGCUUCGUGGCCUGACGAAGGUCCGGAUCAUCGACGCCAGUUUCAUCUGGACUGAACCUCACUCGAGACGUAUCAAAGUCAAAAUCACCAUUCAACAGGAGGUGGCCGCAGGGACAAUUCUGCAACAGGCAUUUGUUGUCGAGUAUGUCGUUCAUUACCAACAAUGUUCCGACUGUCUUCGUUCGUUUUCCCCACAUACGUGGGUCGCAUCAGUUCAAGUACGACAGAAGGUUCCGCAUAAGCGAACAUUCCUUUAUCUAGAACAACUUAUUCUUCGUCACCGCGCGCAUCAAGAAACCAAUAACAUCAAGGAAGCAAAGGACGGACUGGACUUCUACUUUAGCCAGAGAAGCCAUGCAGAGAAGAUGGUUGAGUUCCUUUCUUCAGUUGUACCUGUCAAGGUGAAGAAGGCAUCAGAGCUUAUCUCUAUGGACAUCCAUACAUCGACGAAGUCCUAUAAGUUCUCCUACUCGGUCGAAAUAGUCCCUAUUUGCAAGGAUGACCUUGUUGCUAUCCCUAUCAAAUUAGCCCGGUCGAUAGGCAAUAUCUCGCCACUGACACUAUGCCACCGAAUCGGAACUACAAUCCAACUCUUAGAUCCCAACACACUUCAGACAGCUGAGGUUCCUGGCGCGACCUACUGGAGAUCACCUUUCAAGAACCUCGCGGAUGUCACUGAAUUGGUUGAGUUCAUCGUGAUGGAUAUUGAGCCGGUGGGCAGGUCAAACGGACGAUUCCACCUUGCCGAAGCGACCGUUGCCCGUGCGUCAGACUUAGGCUCAAAUGACCAGACCUACUUUACCCGUACUCAUCUAGGCGGGAUUCUCCAUGUGGGAGACUCUGUUCUAGGGUACCAUCUGACCGGCACGAUAUUCAACGACCCCAAUUAUGAUGCUAUUGAGGCCAGUAGCCAAUACAGCUCCACGAUUCCCGAUGUUGUCCUUGUCAAGAAGCACUACAUGCGCAAGAAGAACAAGUCCCGCAACUGGCGAGUCAAGCGUAUGGCUCGUGAACACGAGGAGGAAGCACUCCAAGGCCCCACCGGUGGAAGCCGCAAGCAGGAGCAGGAACGUGAGCGUCUCGAAGCCGAUUUUGAAAUGUUCCUUCGCGACGUCGAGGAAGACCAGGAGCUACGGGGCACUAUCGAGCUAUACAAGGCCAGGAAGAACCAGAAUGCAGGUGGUAUGGAGAUGGAUGAAGACAGCGAGGAUGAGGGUGUGCCCAAGAUCAACAUGGACGAGUUGCUUGAUGACUUUGAUGAGCUGAACAUGAACGAUGACGAAUAA